AAGAAUGUAGUUCUUUCGUUUAGGGUCUACUCUAUGAGUCCGUACUAAUAUGUAUUCUAUGGGAUUGUAUUUGUUUACGUUUUGAAAGAGAUUUGACUUGUGUCAGUUGACGUUGAUUGUCUUAAUUAUCUAAAAUGAACAUUCAAAUGCAACAAGCAGCAGGGGUUAUGCCUCCACAAGGAACCCCGCAACAACCACCGACAAUGCAACAGUCACAACAAAUGUCUCAACCGCCUGACAAACUGGAUAAUAUAUCAAAAAUUAAGUCUUUGGUUGGACCAUUACGAGAUACAUUAGCAAUUACCCUGAAAUCAGCCUCACAAGCCAUUCACCAGAAUAGUUUGAUCGAUGUUGGAUCAUCGAAAGGCGUGGAUAUACCAACCAUUCGUUUCGACAAACACACGGAAGAAUUCUAUUCCAUUUGUGACCAAAUUGAGCUGCAUCUGAAGACGUCCAUCGAGUGCAUGAACCAGGGGUCGAGCAGCCAGCGCUACCUGCCCUCGGCCGUGGUGCCGACCCGCACGGAGCCCCUGCCCGGCCAGGACCAGGCCACGCUCACCUACCCCCAGUACCUGGGCACGGUGCGCUCGCAGGUGGCCUACGCCAAGGAAGUGCACGACACUCUUGUGGCCGCCGCGCAGAACAUCACGCCCUCUGAGUAGUCAUCCUACAAGACUACAUCCGAACGUCACGCCGUCCGAGUAGCGGUGCCGAGUCAUCCUGCAAGACGACAUCUCAAGAGCAAAUGUGCCAGAAACUGUGUUGUAUCGAGGAAAGCUCAACGUGUGGAACUCGGGCGAAACACUACAUCUCUUCCAUAAGCAGUGGAGCGACGUGCCAGGCCAGGGGUGGGCAGUCAGCGGCUCUUCGCAAAUUGAUUUAUUUGACGGCGCUACGAUUUGCUUGCGCUGCCACUUUAACUAAAAAAUAUAUAUAUAUAUGCCGAACAAAACCAAGCGGCAUGAUCGCAACGCAGGCCCAAGGGCAUGCCUACCGUCACACCACCCCGUCGCUUUGUUUCAAUAAUUAAUAUGUAUAAUUUAGGGUUUCUUAUUUUAUUAGUACAUCUCUAAUAAUGACUACCGUAUUGUUUACACUUAGUACUUUAAAAAACUCUAUUUUAUUCACAAAUUCAUCAAUCAUAAAAUAGCUUGAUUUUAUCAUCUUAAAUUUUCACGUAGAUACAAAGAAAAUACAUAUUGCGGUGCUCCAAAAUAUUUGAGAAUCAAUUUACUUAACAUUUGGCUCAUUUCACUCGCAAAUCUGCAGACCCCUGUGCUAGGCUAACAUCGACUUUAUUUUACUUUCAUUAUUAUUACUAUGCAGACUUAUGUAAGUAAAAACUCCAUUACUGACUAUUUGAAAGUCCAGAUAUGGUGCGAGUAACAGCAGCAAGAUUUUUUGUUUGUGCAUACCAAAUGUCUGGAACAAUGAAAUGUUCAUUGAGUUUCAGUGUUGAAGCUACAAUGUAUGGAAUGGUGUAGCAAUUAAAUCUGUUAAUACGAUA